AUGCCUCGGUUGGCCACCCUCAUUUUUGUCAUCUGUGUCCUCGCCUCCGCUGCGUUUUCUUCCCCUGUUCCCGACAACGGAGCGUCGUUGGUGAAGCGUAUCACCCACACCGGCAGGGGCACCUGGUUUGAUGUCGGCCUCGGUGCUUGCGGCUACACAGACCAGAACAGUGAUCACAUCGUAGCGAUCUCUCAUGAUAUCUACGGCAGCGGCGGCAACUGCAAUCAGUACAUGGCAAUCACCAACAACGCCAACGGAGUGACCGUGAUCGGUCGCACUCGUGACAAAUGCAUGGGUUGCAACGCUAACGAUAUUGACAUGAGUCGGUCUCUGUUUGAGGCGUUGGGAGCCGCCCUCUCUGUGGGUGUCCUCGACGUGUCCUGGCACUUCGAGAACUGGGAUUACAACCCGUAA